CAGAGCCACAGGAAUCCAAGGUUAUUACUAGAAAGUUAGGUGGGCUUACUGAAAAGCCAGCGUGGUGCUUUUACAAGUGUAGUCUACUCUCGGGAGUUCAAGAAGUCUGUGAAUUGAGUGUCG